UGGAAGUUGGAAAAGUUGUUCUUAAUUUAUCAAAUUUAAAGAAAUAAAAAAUUUUCAUUAUGACAUUCGAAAAAGAAUGUCAUAUAUAAAUUUCUUUAAAUUUUAAAUUCUACCAAAUUGAAAGAAUGAAUUUUGCACCAAAUAAAAGAUUGUUUCUGUUCGAUGGACAUUUAUAUUUCAAAACUAAAAUGAAAUAUGGAACAACAUAUCUAAUUUGUAAAUAUUAUCGGAGUUUGGUUUGUCCGGCAAGAGGAGUAUUAAGAAGAAAUGGAGCUUUUCAAAAUACCAUUGCCCACACUCAUCCACCUGAUAAUUACCGAGGAAUUGAUACAUAACACUGUACAAAAUUCUCAUCCAAAUGCCGCAGUAGGCAUACCAUUCGAUUCAAUUCGUUCAACAAUGUUAAACCGUCUAAAUAAUCACAGGCCGUUACAGUCGCCAACCAAUCUUCUCGAAUAUGUAGAAACUUUCAAAUCCAAUGAAUUUCAAUCUUAUUUACAUUAUGAUGACAGACACUUAAAUGUCUCAGCCGUAGAAGGCACUAACUUAAGUUGUGCAGUUAUACUCAUGGACAUCGAAUUCGCGAAAUCUGUGUUCAACAAUGCUGAGGAAUUUUUCAUUGACGUUUCACAAAAAAUCAUUCCUUUAGCAGUAUUCGGCGAAGAAUUAAUAACUUUGCUCUGUGUUAAAAAGAACUAUGCAAUUCCAUGUGCAUGGGCUGUUACAAACAGUAAAUCAAAGCAAGUCUACAAGGCAGUAUUACAAGAAAUACGGUCUCUUGCUCCUCAGUUUUCUAUUAAAACUGUAAUCACUUCAUAUGAUGAUAACUUACAAUCUGCGAUUAGAGAGGUUUUUCCUGAUGUCAAUGUAUACGGCAGUCUUCUACACUACAUGAAGGUAAAUUAAUUAAUACAUUUAUUAUUCUUAUUAAGUAUUUAUGUGAGUCAUUCUGAAUUCUUAUUGCAUCUAUAAGGGAUUUUUUCUAAUUUUUUCUACUAUGUUCAAAUAAUCAAUGAAAACUGACCUGAAAUGCUCUCCGUAAUAACAAUAUAAGUUGAAAUAUCUCAGAGUUAAAGUGAUAAAUUUAUUUCCUAUAAUGAUAUUAUUAAUUACCAAAUUUAGAUUGUUUAU